AUGACUAUUGACCUAAUCAUCGUCCGGCUGCUCCCGAGUCCGCCCACCGAUGCGGCCACCUUCCGGGACUACAUCCGGGACCUCUCUAUUCAGUGCUUUGACCAGAACAUCACCAACGUCGACGAGAGCACCAAUCCUACGGGCGCCAAUCAAGUCCUUCUGGGCGAGGCUAGUGGACUGCUCAGUUUCUCCGCGAGUCAGGCAUGGGACGCGAUCAUAACGCCCAUAGAUAUUCCUGAUCCGGAACCAGGACGCAAGAAGAAGCUGCCCAAGUCCAUCAUCCAGCAUACCGCCGCCAAUGUGCCGCGAGGAUUCCCGCAGCCCCCGACGUCGGGCGUGCUGAAGGCGGUGGCCACGGCCGUCAUCGUUGUGGACAUGCAACCGCCUGACGCCGGCGCGGCCCACAAGGAGUAUCCCAAGAAAACGGGCUAUGAUGUCCGUCUCGUCCUCAAGCGCAGCGGUGUCGCGCUUGAGGCACCCAGUAUCGAGUGGAACGCGACCUGCUACACUGUCCGCGAUCUCUCACCCUAUGCCGUAGACUACAUGGGCAUAGCCAACAACCCCAUCAUCCUCGACGGAUUCCCACGCAUGACGGUGCCUUCCCUGUACGCGCUCAUCCCCUCGGCACCAAGCCCCUUGCCCGCGGGCACCGCUGCCAUCCUUCUUCAGCAGAACGGCAAUCCACCGCCGUUUGACGAGCUCGUGAACGGCGUCAACCUUGUGCUGGCCAAGUACGACCUGGACACCGGCACCAGGCUGCAGAACCUUAUUCAACCUCUCACCGAAGCCCAGAGCCAGGACAUUGCCUCGGAGAUUGUCUACAACCGGGCCUGGCUGCCCCUCCCGUCCCCUGUGCCCGAGGAGAGCCUGUCGCUCGAGGACUUGUACACGUCCCCAGGCACCUACAAUGACAUGACACGCACCAAGUUCGAGGGCAACUUGGCAGCGUAUCACGCCAAGCUCGACGCCGACGCCCGCAGGCUGGCCUCGUACAUCUUCGCCGCCUCGGCUGCCGUCGCCGCGGAGCGUCUCAGCGCCGAGUCGUCCAUGGCGCUCUUGACCUUUCCUUUGGACGCGCGCAUGGUGCCAUCAACCCAGCCGCAGUCGUCCUCCACGAACGGCCAGAGCACAGCCCAGCUGUCUGUUGUGCUGACGAGCUGGGACGCCUUCGCCGUGGCACCGCCCUCCUCCCCAGCCGCACGCAUUGACCCGUCCUUUGUCGUCCCAGCUGCCUACUUCUACGCCCUUGGCUACCAGCUGUCCCCGACUCUCACACCAGAGCUGCGGUACCGCGCGCUGGUGAACAGUACUCCCGAGUUCAUCAAGACCACCGUGGUUGCGGCCGUGGGCGCGGGCAUCCUGGGCCCGUCCGAGUCCACAGUGACCCAGGGUGACGAUGGUGGCAACGUCAGCAUCAACACGGCACAGGCCGUGCGGCGCCUGUGCGCACUACUCCCCAAUGUCGUCAACAUGCUCGGUGGGCUGACGGCCUCGGGAGCGUCGGCCAGCACCCAGCUGCCGCAACAGCCCGUGCUGGCCAUGGCCCUGGUCUCGGGGCUCGUGGCCCUGUGGCGGGACUUUGACCGGCAGGACCAGGCGUUCUGGACGACUGAUCGAUUCAGCGACGACGCUUAUCUCAAUCUGAUCCUGCAGAUCGCCGCCUCGGGAGAUCCUGGCCUCAAGCCAGCCAUCGCGUCGGCGGCCCUGGUUCCUGCGAAGAUACCACCAGCACCACCAGGGAGCCCUCCCACGGUGAUCCGACAUGCCUACGAAUUGCACAGCAUCACCACGGAGGCAUGGAAGGAUUUCUUUCUGUCCGGUACUAACCCACCAUCCCUGCCGGCAUGGACGGCACCGGGUGAUGUCGUGAGCCGUGUCGAGGCUUUUGUUCGGCGGCUGCAGAUGCUCUUCUUCGUGACCUGGCAGGCUCCCUCGUCACCGGGAGAAACGAGUGCUCAUCUCAUCCCCGUGCUGGACGCGGGGCCGGCCGAGUUUAACGGACUACCCAGCGAUUCUGACACUGGCGCCGGUGAUUUGCUCGCCGUUUUCCUUCAGUCCGCGACCGGAUUCUCUUUUGAGGGCGACUGGGACGAUGACCUGGUCCAAGUCGCCCUCCUAGCGGCAUUUCCUGAUCCCAGUCCUCCCAAUUUGUCUUCCUUUGGCGACGAUGGCACAGAGAAGCUGCGACGCUGGCUUGGGGUGACCUUAAAAACGCUCUGGACUCUCGUCCACGUAACCAAUCUUUCCGAUGCCGCCAGCGUCUCGACCUACCGUCGUUUUGCAUACAUGGAGGCCCUGUACAGCCGUGGUUUCGUAUCAGCGGAUGGCAUCGUCGCGCUGUCCGUGACACAGUUCGCGGCAGGCUUGAGCGGGACCAUCAUCGAACCUGUGCAUGUGCCCGCGAUCCAUGCCCUCGCUGUAGCGCUGCCACACAGCCUACCAAGCUCGGGGAUCGAGCCGGGCUGGGGCUUUGUACCUGCCAACCCGGGCGGAGCCCAGACGCUGGUCAACUGUAUUCCGGCGCCGACACUAGAUCCCCUCGGCCGGGUGGCCUAUCUUCACGAGAUUCUGCGUACCCCUUUGAAGCUCCACGUGCAGCAGGAUGGCAUGGACAUGACAGUGAAAGACUUGCUGUCGACACGCAGAGGCGACAUUGGAAGCUUGUAUGUCAGCAAGGCAAACCUGGAGACGACUAUUCCCCUCGCGGACCUCGCCAUCGAGAGCCUAGAGGCGGUGGGCGCCAUGGUUGCCAACGACCAGACCGCUCCGCACGGUAUCGUGCAUCAGACGACUUCGCACCCAGCAGCGAAGCUCCUUGGUCUUUGUCUGUCGGAGGAUGGACAAGGCCAAGACCAGGGACCUGGCCCUGCACAUUGCUGCCCCCCCGGCCUCCCAUCGCCCCCAGAGCUUCUCGCCGCUAUUCCCGAGCACUCGCAUCCGGCUAUCCAGGUUGCGCGGCCUGGGGUCUAUCACAGGCUCGAGAGCACCUUUACCUCGCCGGCCCUCCCAUUCGCCCGCCAUCUAGACAUGACGCGCUCGUACCUUGCAUGCGUCGGCACUAGGCGAUUCGACACCAUGCGGCGCUUCAGGCGCGACAUUACCGAGUUUGCCCUCGAUCCCUCAAGGGACCCUCCCGAGUGGCAGGCCCACGCGUGGCGGUUCCCAGUGCGGAUCGAGAUUGGGCUCGAGUACCUCGGGCUGUCGAAGCAAGAGUACGCAACGCUCUACACGUCCGACCUCGAUGAAGAGCAAGUGGCUGGUCUCUAUGGUCUGUCGCUAUCCGAGUCCUCGUGGACUGACACGGCCCUCAAGCUGCAUGGGUUCAUGCGCGGACUCGACCUGACGUACUGCGACGUGCUGAAGCUGAAGGCGUCGGGCUAUGUCGACUUUACGCUCGUUGUCGAUGACCGCUCGAGGCUUCAGGCGUCUUCUAUCCAUCCCACACAUGCACGCGCGGAUACAAACCAUGGUCAUGGGGAAAGUGACUUCACCCGAGACGAGGGCGAGCGAGAGGCUGCUGCUGAUACGGUGGGACCCCGGGACUGCCCACCUUGUUGCCUGGACAUCUGGCGCAUACGAUUCCCCAACGUGAAAGCGAGGAAGAACACCGAGACUCAUCUCAAACAGCUGGCCGUCUUUGUGCGUCUGUGGAGGACUCUCAACGCAGGGUGUCGCCACAAGCUCUCGUUCCGCCGGCUUGCGGACAUCUGCACCGUCCUUCAGCUGUUUGGGGACAAGGAAAUGAUCAACCCUGCCUUCAUUCGUCGUCUUGUCGCGUUGCUCAUGUUGGCGGACUGCUUUGGACUCCCGUGGUCUGCUGAGAAUGACGGGGAAGACUGUCUCGGACUUGCCCCCGACAGCAAGAAGGCGCCCGGCUCAGCGCGCACCGAGAUCCUCGCUCUGUGGGAUCCGAGUGUGCCCAGACCGCCCAACGCCUCGCCUGCAUGGGACUGGGCCGUGUCUGCCAUGAUUGACGUCGUCCAGCGGUAUGCCGAGAGGGAGUACCAUGUCCAUGCCGGGGCCUCCCAUGGCGCCUCUCCCAAGAUCCUCGCCGAAAACCUAAGCCACCUCGCCCGUUUGGCGGGAUUCUCUCUCGAUGCUGCGCAGGACCCGUCCUGGCAUUUCGAUCCCGUCUGCACGCUCCGAUUUGCCGAGGUCCUCGCCAAGAUCUGCGCCUCUCGUUUCACAGUUGGUGAGCUGCUCUUUCUCUUCACCGUCCAGGACCACGUGGACGGUGACGACCCCUUUCCAAUAGCACCACAGCUCGAGACGGCCAGCCACCCGCUCAGCAGCCUUCCCGACGAUGAGCUUGAGUUCAGCCUCGAGGCACUGCGGAAGACGCUCUUGCGUGCCGAAGACGACGAGGACGAGUGCGCCGCGCUGAGUGACGAUGCCUGCGACGCGCUCGAUUGGUCACGCGUCCAAGGCAUCCUACAUGACGCUGGAUACACAUCGUUCCCCACAAUGUCUGGGGGGACGAACGAUGCGCUGCAAUCAUUGGCGGAGCACUUCUUCCCCUCUGCAGUGGCACGAAGCGGAGGACGCAGUGUCGACGCUAGGAGCAGGCAGUGGACCGCUCCUCUGGACCCACUCGACACGUCUCCCGCCAUGUGGGCGGCAGACCCGUGUGGGCCGCUGCACUAUCGGACCGUGGCGUCUGAGGAUUCGAGGCUGAACUCAAAUUCGGGCUCCGGGGAAUUGUAUGUGGCCCUACCGCUACGGGACGAUGCCGUGCUUGCCAAGCUGCGGGCAAUACGACAGCUGCGCCCCGAGGAGGCCAGGGCGGUUCAAGAACUCUAUUUUGCGCCGAGAGCAGCGCUCGCUCCGUUUGCCCUGCUGUUCCGGAACUUUGGUCGUGCCGUAGAGCAUCUCGUGCAGGCGGACGAGUGCGCGCGGUGGAGGCUUUUCGCGCGCGAGGUGCUAGUCUUUGAGAGGCGGGUGCGCAUCAUCGCCCGGCACAUCGCCGUGCAUGUCCGGCAUGUGACCAACAAGUCCAGACUCACAUGCACUUGCGAGGCAUGCGGCUCGCCCCCCAUCGACACUUCACUGGCUAUCACAGUGCUCAGACACCUCGUCGCCGAUGAAAACCGAGCGCUCGCGCCGUGGGAGAAUGACUCGGGCGCGCCGCCGGAUCCGGAACAAUUCCAAUGGGGCACCUCGCCCCGCUUCUCCGGCGGUGCCCUGGCGGGGUUGCUCGGCAUUGCCGGCACCGGCCUCGCCGGCGAGAUCCACUCGGUCCCCGGGGCGAAUGCGGGGCCCAUGACGGACGCGGGGAUGGCCGGCGCAAACAAGCGCUGGGAGGAAAUUCGCGGUGGAUUAAAGGCCUUUGGUCUAGUCCAAGACCGCUGGAACUGCCCAGUACCAACCGUCAUCCCAGACCUUGAAACUCGUCCGUCGGGGCCAGAAACCCGCGAGGCCGUCAGCGUCCGCAACGGGUUUGCGUGGCGCAAUCGCGACGGCUGCCUUCUCCAAGGUGCCGAGCCGUUUGACUGCGAAUGGACUGGCACACUACUCGUGGAAUGUUCUGGGUGCUAUGUCUUUAGCGCAGGGGCCCCGUGUGACACCGCCGAGGGCCUUCCUGGCCGCGAUGGAUGUGACAGCGACCUGUGGAGCGUCACCCUGAAACGAGGGCAGAAGACGUACAAGCUGCUGCGCCACGACGGUGGUGAACACCAAGGGCGGUCAACCGGCCCAAGCUUCGUGUCCGAUAGCGUGCAGCUACACCAAGGUGCCUACGCCAUCCACGUCGUGUAUAGACAGGUCGACCCGCACUUCUCGCAAGUGGCCGAUGCUGUCACGCGCGAGCGGACGGGCUUCGAAGUACGCUACCAAGGGCCCCAGACCAAAUCUCGCUGCAUCCUCGUACCCCUGCGCAACCUCGUGAUCGACAGCAAGCAGGGUCCAAUGGGGUCGUUCCUCGGCAAGACGCGACAGAGGGAAAGCAGUGUCUCUAGAUUUCUUGCCAACCAAUACAUACCCACCCUGUGCGAUGCGCGUCGCACGUACCAGCGCGUCUUUAAGGCUGCCCUCCUCAUCAGCCGCUUCAGUCUGUCCGCCGAUGGGCCCAAAGACGGCUGGCACUGCGACGGACUGUCCGAGAUGGAGUUUCUUCUGGGGAGUGGACACCAGUUCAAGGGCACCGCCUACUACCGACGGCCCGGGGAAGACAAGUACAUCGCCCACCACGCGUACCUUGAUUUCAACCUCUUGCCCGUGUCAGAUCCUUACUUACCCCCAAGCGAGACCGUCGACUCGCGCGUGGAGCCCAGUGCCCAGCGGCAGGCGGCCUUGUUCGACACGUGGGAACGUCUCUUUGAUUACACCCACCUCCGGGGGGAGGUCCGCCAGCUGCGCCGGGACCGAAAACCUGGCGGCCAUCAUCGCUAUCCUUCUGACACGAGGGGUACAGUAUGGGUCAUGUUUUACGAGGCGGGCUCCCAGCAUCAGCUGGGGCCCCCAUCCAGUCAUGACGACGCGGCGAAUCUCGCACUCCGGCACUGCGGUGUGGAUGUAGGACUCAAGGACACGCUGCUCAACUACGUGUACCUCAAACUCCCGCCGGCUGACAGCAAUCAGAGGCCCGAGCCCGAUAUCCAUCACAUCCUCGCGGUACCAGACUUGCAGAAUGAGCGCUGGACAACCCGACUCUGGCACGCGCGCGCCUGGGCCAAGAGACUGGCAGACAACUUCCAGACGGACGUGCUCGAGAGGGCCAGACCCGCGCUGUGGGCGGCGGACGACGACGCCCUCGGGCUCGGGACCGUUGUGCCGGAAGACACGGACACGAACGGCAACCCGGUGCCCUCGCAGUCGGGGGUCCACAACCUUAUCCGGUUCGUGCAGUACAGUCUGCUGGGGAUCGACCCGGAUCGCCACGAUGGAGUGGAAUCUGCCUGCGGAGAAGUCAACCGGCUGUCUGCGUUGAAGACGCUGAACGACGGCCUCAGGCUGCGUGCUCGGGAUGCCCUCGUCGCUUUCCUCUGUCAGAUGGGGCGCGUCCCUCUGCCGUUUGGCGGCAGCGGCCAUGAGACGGGCGACGACACGUCCACCACGCCCCGAGACCUGGUGGAUCUGCUUCUUCUGGAUGUGGAGGCACGCCUUGACGGGCGUACGACACGCAUCCAGGACGGAAUCGUAGCCGCUCAACGCCUGGUGACACGCCUGCGAAUCGGUUUGGAGCCACAGCUGCGCAUGACCCCUGGGGAUCGAAGCGAUCUUGAUGAGGCUUGGGAGGGCCGGUUGGCGAGCUUCCAGGUCUGGUCGGCUCAUACGAGGCGCACCUUGUACGCCGAGAACUGGGCGACGUGGGACGAGCUGCGCGUCUUGGAGACGACCGAGGCGGGCUGGUUCCUGACGCAGGCCCUGCGGCGGGAUACGUCCACACUGGCUGCGCCAGGACGACCGGUAUGGUUUUCGGCGGGUGUGAGUGGUGAAGGCGAUGACGAAGAAGCGCCGGCAACGUCUGGUCUAGAAAUGCAACAGGCAGACCGAGAUCUGGCGACGCUUGGGAGGCACAAAGAUUCGACACUGGAGAACCUGCUGCUGAUGGCCACGCCCGACAACAUCCCUCGGCCUACGCUGCUGUCCGUCGGGCUCAAGACCGUCUCCCAGGGAGCCACCCCAGCUUCGAACACACCCAAUACCACGGACGAGCUGCGUAUCGUGGCGACCAGGACAUAUGGUGUCCACCUGCCUUUCUGGAUCGAGUCGGCCAUUCGACUGGGCGCGAGGUUCCUCCGCGUCGCUGCCGCUGGUCGCCCUCCUGCCUUUGUCUACGACUCAUCCAAGGUCCCCGUGGUAGACGAGUAUUACUUCUGGCUGGCACCGGCGAACAUCUACAGCCACGAGGACGCGCCACAGAACGCCGACAUUGGCACCUCGUCAGCGGAUGACCCGAGCGCGCCAGCAUGGGCAGACCCAGAUCCCGAGGCGGACGAGAAAAACACGCAGGACACAGGCUCAUUAGGGAUAACGACAAAAACAAAAACAGCGCAGCGUCUGACGUGGAAGCCGCGCCCGGCCACGGCCCUGUUCUGGGCUUGCGUGCACAACGGCUGCUUGCUCGCGCCCAGGAGAUCAGCCACCUAUGUCAAGGCAACACAGCUUCCCAACGACGGUCGGCUACACCUGGAGCUGGUAGGGAGAUGCAUGGACUCUCUGUUCUUCACGGUGGCUGGCGAUGGAUCUGAUGAUGAUGGCCAUCCACAAGCACAAUCAUCAACACCGCUCGGUACAGCGCUGGGAUUCCGAUACGACCUUGCUAGUGACGAAGCUGUCGCCCUCCCGCAGUCUAUCCCCGACGUCUUUGCGCCGCACUCCUCGUGGUUCAGCUCGAAGGGGCCCUUCGCGUCCUUCCCGGCAUAUCCGCGAUUCGUCUACUUUGCAUCGGGCACGCCAUUGGCUCCCACAACGGCCUUUGGGGCGGCGCUCGCUAUGGCCGGCAAGCUCAGAGACAACGGCUGCUUCUCGGCUGCGUUGGACUGGUACCGCACAGCUUUUGAUCCCCUGGCAAGGGACAACUCGUGGGCACUGUGCUCCCGAUCCUCGGCCACAGGGGGCACCGUUAUCCUCGACUCGCCCUGCUGUCCUGCCACGGCCGACUCGUCCUUGCAGCCGAAGCUCGUUCGCAGCCGCGCCGUACUCCUCGAGUACCUCGAGACAAUGCUCCAGUGGUCCGAUAAUGUGGCAGACACGAGCACCGAGGCGGAGGCGGCGCAGCUUGCCCAGGUGUUGGCCGAGACCAUGGCGCGCCUUUUGGGUCCGGCGCCCGCGACGGUCAUUGCGCACCCUGACUCGCGCAUCGAGCAGAAUAUGAGCGUGUCCAGCUUCUUCUCGGCUGCAUCGCCUCUGAACCCGCGCCUGCUGCGCCUUUAUGACCAGGUUACAGACCGGCUGUCCACCCUGAACCGGCGCCAGAACUCAGGUCACGCCACGCCGGCGGCCCUCUCAUGCCUCUCCUUCAACUGCCCGCCGUCACCGUCCUCCCUGCAGGGUGAGAUGUCGGGUGCAUCUCAGCCCUACCGGUUCACUGCUGUGUUUCCCAAGGCAGUCGAGCUCACCGGGCUGGUGCGAGGGCUGGCCAGCUCUCUCAUCUCGGCUUACGAGCGAGGAGACGGCGCGUACAUCAGCGCGCUACGGGCCUCGCACGAGCGUACGCUGCUCGAGCUCGGCAUCAGCACAGCACAGCAGCAGUGGCGGGCCGCCGACUGGGAGGUGGACGCGCUGCAGCAGGCCAUGAAGGCGGCGCUCGCCAGACGGCGCUACUACGUCGCCUUACGGGACGGGGGCCUGAUGCCAGGCGAGGAGUCACACGUGACGGGGACGGAGACGGCCAUGAGCUCCAGUACGGCUGCCAACGUCUCCGAGGGUCUGGGCCAAGUCUUCAGCCUGAUUCCGGACCUGGCCACGGGCGUGGCCGGCAUGGGUCCGCUGGUCAAGACGGAGCUGCCCAUCGGCACCAAGAUGGCGGCCGCGACGGGGGCCGUGGCCCGCGUGCUCAACACGGUCGCUUCCAUCUCCACCUCCCAGGCUGGCCUCUCUCUGACCCGGGCGGGCUGGGACAGACGGCUGUUUGAGUGGAGGCAUCAGGCUGAGUUGGCCCAGGUCGAGAUAGCCCAGGUCAAGAGGCAACGGUUGGCGGCCGAGAGGCGGCGAGCGUCGGCGCUCCGCGAGCUCAAUGCCCACGAGCGCCAGCGCGAACAUGCUGAAGAGGUCAUGGCCUUUGAGCGAGAUCGACACUCGCGCCACGCACUCCACCUCUUCCUACAGCGCGAGACGGCCGCCCUGCUGCGUGCCACCUUUUCCCUGGCGCUGCGUACCGCAAGGGAAGCCCAUGCCGCGUUCCUCUUCGAACGAGUGCCCCCCGGGACGGCCUCACAGCCGUUCCCUACCGGUGCCGACCUCUGGGACGACACCGGCGGCGGCGGCGGCGGCCGCCGUAAUAGUGCCGUGCAUGCGGGUCUCAUGGCUGGGGAGCGCUUGGAUCUGGCCCUGCGCAGGCUUGAGCACAGCUACAUGGCUCUCAAUGGCCGGGAGCUCGAGUUGUCCAAGCGCAUCUCCCUCCGGGAGAGGUUCCCACGCGCGUUUCUCGCCCUGCGACAGCGUGGGACCUGCGAGAUCGGGCUGCCCGAGUCCAUCUUUGACGCGGACUACCCGGGCCACUACCUACGACGACUACGCAGUGUGACCGUCAGUGUCCCCUGUGUGGCGGGCCCCUACACCGGCGUGCACUGCGAGCUGCGUCUACUGGGCAGUAGUGUCCGCACUGAGCCUCUGGUGCCGCCUCGGGCGGCGUCGUGCAGCAGCUGCGGAUGCUGCGGACGAGGGUCUGGUCAAGGAGAGAAGGAGAGCCGUGGUUCCCCGAUGAGCGAGACGGAUCCAUAUGUCGUACACCGCUAUACGUCCUCCUCCGCCGUGGCCACGUCCCACGGCCAAGACGACUCAGGCCUCUUUGAGCUAUCGUUCCGCGACGAGCGCUACCUCCCCUUUGAGUACGAGGGCGCCAUGUCCCGCUGGUGCAUCACGCUGCCUCGCCGAUAUAACCUCUUUGAUUUCAGCUCCCUCUCGGACGUGGUUCUCAGUCUCAACUACACGGCGCGGGACGGUGGGCCGAUACUGAGGAGACUCGCCCUGGACCGGCUUUCUGGGUGCGUCGCCGCCCACCUGCACGGCGGUGAUGGGCACGGGUCUUGCGGCAGCAGCAAUGCCCUCUGGCGCGGCUUCGAGAUCAGGCGGGAGUUCUCAGACCUGUGGCCGCCAUUCGCACGGAGUAGCGACGCCGGGUGCGAAGAGUGCCGCUGCGCUUCUUUACCUAGGUGUCCUCACACGUUUGAUGUGCCUCUCCGUCUGCGUCGGGGCAUGUUCCCAUUCUUCCCUGGCCGGAAGUCGGUGCGCAUCACUACCCUCUGCGUCUCCGUCUCCCUGCGCCGCCCAUGCCAGAACUCCCUGGACAUCGCCUGCCACUGCACGGGCAAGAGAUGCCCGAGGAGACACUUCCCCGUGGUAUUCGUGCCCCCGGGAAAGGAACACUGCCGCGAGAAAUGGCGCGCCGUCGAGUGCGUGGAGCAGCAGUUGGUCACUGCCGACAUCGAGGAGCCAUGGGCCAAUGCGGGCGGGGAGUACGAUGACGUCUUCUCCUGCGAAAUUGGUGACCUCAACCUGGGCCCGGUCUCUGAGGAGAGGGGAUUCGAAUACCGGUCCCGCGAUAACGACCAGCAGACCUACGGUCUUCUCCGCUUUCCACGCCGCAUGAGAGAGGUUGUCGAUGCCUGGCUGCUCUGCGGCUACGAGGUCGUGGACUGUUGCGGAGAGGGCAGCAGAAAGAAGGGGGCGGGCAAUAUCUUUGACGGCAAAGGACAAGGUGGCAGACGACCGACGAGAAAGUAUUUUGCCGAGGAUAGCGAGGGGAGUCGACUCUAG